UUGCCCGCUCUUCUCUUGCCCGUAGUAGCCAUGGCGGCCAUGAGUUUAUUACAGCGGGUUUCGGUCUCUGCAGUGGCCGCUCUGUCUGGCCGCCGCCUUGACGCUAGACUUGUAUUCGGGGGCUUCCUCACCCGUGACUUUCCGAAGACUGUCGCUCCUGUGCGACACAGUGGAGACCAUGGGAAAAGACUGUUUAUCGUCAAGCCUUCUGGGUUCUAUGACAGACGUUUUUUGAAAUUAAUGAGAUUCUACAUUUUGUUGACUGGGAUUCCAGUAGCAAUUGGCAUAACUCUGGUGAAUGUAUUCAUUGGUGAAGCUGAGUUAGCAGAAAUUCCAGAAGGCUAUACCCCAGAACACUGGGAGUAUUUCAAGCAUCCUAUAUCAAGAUGGAUUGCCCGAACUUUCUUUGAUAGUCCUGAAAAGAAUUAUGAAAGAACAAUGGCUAUCCUUCAAAUUGAAGCUGAAAAAGCUGAAUUACGGUUAAAGGAGCUGGAAGUACGAAGUUUAAUGCGUGUAAGAGGCGAUGGUCCCUGGUAUCAGUAUCUGACCAUUGAUAAGACACUUAUUGAUCAUUCUCCAAAAGCAACUCCUGACAACUAAUCUUUUAUUUCUCUAAAUACAAAGUAUAUUCUCUUUAGGCAAAACUAAAUUACUAGAUAUAUUCUGUAUUUUUUCUGUGUGAUGAAUAAAAUAUCCUGUUCAUUGCUCUAUUUCUCAA